AUGACUGAAAAGCAAUCAAGUUCAACAAAUCCAAAUAAAAAUGGAUUUGAAGAUUUUAUAAAUAAGUUACAAAAAUCCACUGGAGUUAGUGAUAUACAUCAAAUCUUGUGUAAAUUAAUAGUUGGAUUUGUUUCUAUGUUAUCAUGUUAUAUAAAUGAUCAAAUAAAUGUCAGUUCUAGUCUAUACGGAAGAGGAUUCAGAAUACCACCUAAUAACCUCUCUAUUUACAUUUCAAAGUUGCAUAGUUAUAGAAGUCUUUUAAUGAUGGUUGCUUGUUUUUUAUAUUAUAUUAUUAAUCUUAUGAUUAUUGAUUUUUGUCCAAAAAAUUUUGUUAAUAUUGUUCGAAAUUCGUUCAGUUUGUUCUUUAUUUAUUUACUAAUUAUAUCUAGGUUCAUGUUGUUUUUCUUCAGUUUCUUCACUCCCAGUAUAUCAUUAAGGAUAUAUUAUAUUUUAAUCAUAGAAGGAGCGUUUUCUGGGUUUUUACAAAUGUCUGUAAUUUUACUUGUUCCUCAAUAUUCCUCAAUAAUGGUAAUAUCCAAAGAUAUAAUAGCUCUAUUGUUAUUUUUAAUACAACUCUUUUAUGAUUUUAUUCUAUCACAUAAACCUUUAAUAAUGAUCAGAAUACAGUUCUUUGUCUCUGUUUUACUAAAUAUUAUUGGUUUUGGUUUAUGGGCAUUUUAUCUGUUUUAUUAUAAUAAAAACGAACCCGAAUCACAUACAAAAAAAAAUUUUGAUUUUGAUUCAUUAAAUAAUAUCAAUAAAACAAUUAAAAAUUUAGAAAAAGGCGUUGAUAUUACGAACAAUUUUGUAUGCAAAAUUUCAAAGUUAUUGAAUGGUACAAACAUAUCAGAAUUAAAUAUGAAUAAUAUAACAAAUGAAUUAAAUCAAAAAAUUGAAAAUGUAGCUUCCCUUGAUUCUACAUUUAGAAAAUUAGAAUAUUAUAUUAAGGGAGAAAAUUGUAUAAAAGAAUUUAUUGAAAAAUUAAAAGAAGUUAAAAUCUACAAUAACGAUCUAAUUGACAUAUUAAUUCAGGUGGCAAAUCAACUUGAUAAAAACGCUGACAUUGAUAAAGUUUUAAGCUCAUUUUUCGAAAAAUUUAACGGGAAAAUCACUGCAAAUAACUUUAUAUUUGAUAUAUUUGAGGAAAUUAGAAAAGAGAAAAAGAUUGAUUUGGAAAUAUGUAAAUUAUUUGAUGAGUCUAAAAAGGAGUUUAAAAACCAAGAUGAUAAAGCAAUAUUAAAAAACCUUUUAAAAGAAUUAAAAUCAAAAAAUGUUUCUAAAAAAUCUUCAUUACAAUUAUUAAUUUACCUAAAACAAAUAUUCUACAAAAAAAUAAUGUCGAGAUAUAAACAUUAUAAUAACAUUGAUGAAAUUUUAUCAUUGAUAAAUUCUUUUCUUAUUAUAUAUACUGAGUUUAUCGACAAAAACUUACACAUUUAUGUUUAUACCAGUGUAAGAGCUAUAAUAAAAAGUUUGCAAAAUAUUGGAUCGUCAAGUAAGUAUAAUAAGUUUCGAGAUAAAAUCAAAACAUUAAUGGAUAAAUUAGAUCCGGAAGAUACAAAUGUAAAUAAUAACGAAGUCACAAUUUACACUAAUUUCAACAAGCUAUCUGAAUUAUUCAGUAAAAUUGAUAUCUUAAGAACAAAUAUUAAUGAUUUGGAAUCUACUCAAAUAAUAAAUGAUAACAAAAUGUGUAUAGAUGAAUAUAUAAAUCUAUUAAAAAGUGUAGAUGCGGUGUAUUUAUAUAGCCAUAAAAUUGAUUUGAGUAAAAUUAUGAAUGAAAUUAAGGAAUUAUAUUCCAAAUACGAAAAAACUGAAAAUAGUUCUAAUGAAACUUUAGAAUCAAUUAAAUUAAAAUUACCUGGAUUAUUAGAUAAUUUGAAUAAAAUAAAGGAAUAUAAUGAUAAUAUACAAAGUGGAUUCAAAGAUUUAAAAUCAAGUUAUUCGAAUUUUAAAGAAACGGAAGAACAACUCAGAAACAUAUUAUUUGUUAGUUUUAGGAAAGCACUUUGUCCAUUUUUAAUGAUUGUUCCAACCUGUUUUUUUAAAGAUUUUUUGUAUCCUUCAAUUCUACCAUUUGCAUUAUUAUUGAGGUCUGAGUCACAUUAUAUAAACAUUGUUACUAAUAUUUUUCACAUCGUAUUUUGUUUAGCAAUAUUCUUCAUAUAUUUAUACUCAUUUAACAUUAUGGAUUACGUAUGGGAUUAUUUUGAUUAUUUAUGGUUAAUUUCAAUUAUUCCAUCUACUAUAUUAAUAAUUACUCUAUUAGCAAUACAUACAAAAAUAGGGGUUUUCCAUCGAAUCACUCUUUCAUUACGGAAAGUUUUUGUAUUAUCUUUGUUUUAUGUCUUAUGUUUUACGGUUAUGGAAUCAAUUAGUUAUGUCUGUGUUGCAGAUUAUGUUUACAAAAAGUCCGGAGAUCCUACUCAUAAUCUAAAAUAUUUGCUUUUUCAUCAUUUAUUAGCCUUGUUUUGCAGUUAUAUUUUUUCAAAGUUAUCUGUUGGAUAUAAUCAUACAAGAAUUGAGCUCGGUCACGUUGCACCUUAUUAUCAAACGGAAUUGGAUCUAACUAAUUUGCAAGUAUUCUGGUUCUUAAUAAGGGGCACUUUCAAAUCCACAUUUAGGGAUAUUUUAUUUUUUGCAAGAACGGACAUUAGAGAAUAUCUUUAA